ACAACCGGGAGGAGCCGAUGUCAAAAGCAUGAAGAAGUGGAGUGGGAAUUCUAGCCCUCAUCUUCCACAGAGUCAUUGAUUUAAUGAUGACAUGUGGACAAAAAUACCUUUACGAAAAGUCCAGAAUCCAGUUAAGAAGUUGUGGUAACCCAGAUGAGCACAAAACGAAGAACAGCUGCAUUGAAAUAGGAUACUGCAUUGGAAAUUGAGUCAGGGACCCAUUGGUGAGAAGAGAGCAGUGAGCAGAAUCACAUUGAUCUGGUCCUGGAGUUUGUCUGACAAUUUCUACUUGACCGCAGGAGGUCUGAAGAUUGGAAGGGGCCCUACUCAAUUGUGCUAUUUUUCUCUAUUUUUUUUUUUUCUUUUCUUGAGACGGAGUCACCCAGGCUGGAGUGCAGCGGCACGGUCUCAGCUCACUGCAACCUCUGCCUCCUGGGUUCAAGCAGUUCUCUGCCUCAGCCUCCCAAGUAGCUGGGAUUAUAGGUGCCCGCCACCACUCCUGGCUAAUUUUUGUAUUUUCAGUAGAGACGGGGUUUCACCAUCUUGACCAGGCUGAUUUUGAACUCCUGACCUUGUGAUCCACCGGCCUCAGCCUCCCAAAGUGCUGGGAUUACAGACGUGAGCCACUACGCCCGGCCAAUCGUGCUAUUUCUCUACAGGACUAAAGAAUAUAUAAUCUGCAACAUGCCCUCCAUGUUGGAACGCAUUAGCAAAAAUUUGGUCAAAGAGAUUGGAAGCAAAGACCUGACACCUGUCAAAUACCUAUUGACUGCCACCAAAUUACGUCAGCUUGUUAUAUUACGAAAGAAGAAGGAUUCUCGUUCAUCAUUUUGGGAACAAUCUGACUAUGUUCCAGUUGAAUUCUCCCUCAAUGACAUCCUGGAGCCAAGUUCUUCAGUCCCAGAAACUGUUGUGACAGGACCGUUCCACUUCAGUGACAUUAUGAUCCAGAAGCAUAAGGCUGACGUGGGUGUGAAUGUUGGUGUAGAAGUGAGUGUGUCAGGGGAGGCCUCUGUGGACCAUGGAUGCUCCCUCGAGUUUCAAAUUGUUACCAUCCCAUCUCCAAACCUGGAAGACUUUCAAAAAAGGAAACUGUUGGAUCCAGAGCCAUCAUUUCUGAAGGAGUGCCGGAGGAGAGGGGACAACCUGUACGUGGUGACAGAGGCUGUUGAACUGAUCAACAAUACUGUGCUGUACGAUAGCAGUAGUGUGAAUAUUUUAGGGAAAAUUUCUCUUUGGAUUACCUAUGGCAAGGGUCAAGGCCAAGGAGAGAGUCUCAGAGUGAAGAAGAAGGCACUGACUCUGCAGAAAGGCAUGGUGUUGGCUUAUAAGAGAAAGCAGCUGGUUAUCAAGGAGAAAGCCAUUCUCAUCUUGGAUGAUGAUGAACAGAGAACCUUUCAAGAUGAGUACGAAAUUUCCCAGAUGGUAGGCUACUGUGCUGCGAGGAGUGAGGAGUGGCUGCCAUCAUUUCCUACCAUCUCUCCAACCCUCUUCAAUGCCUCGUCCAAUGAUAUGAAGUUAAAACCAGAAUACGAACAAGUUCGCAUCCUCCCAGUAGGAAGAAUAGAGGAACGCUUCUGGCAAAAUUUCAAGCAUCUACAAGAGGAGGUUUUCCAGAAAAUAAAGACACUGGCUCAGCUCUCAAAGGAUGUUCAGGAUGUCGUGUUCUAUAGUAUCCUGGCCAUGCUCAGAGACAGAGGGGCUCUACAGGACCUGAUGAACAUGCUGGAAUUGGACAGCUCGGGUCAUUUGGAUGGCCCUGGUGGUGCCAUCCUAAAGAAACUUCAACAAGAUUCAAACCAUGCAUGGUUUAACGCAAAGGACCCCAUUCUUUAUCUCCUUGAAGCCAUAAUGGUGCUGAGUGACUUCCAACACGAUUUGCUGGCCCGUUCCGUGGAGAAGAGGAUCCUGCUUCAGCAACAGGAGCUGGUAAGGAGCAUCCUGGAGCCGAACUUCAGAUACCCCUGGAGCAUUCCCUUCACCCUCAAACCUGAGCUCCUCACCCCACUCCAGAGUGAGGGUUUGGCCAUCACCUAUGGCCUGCUGGAGGAGUGUGGCCUUAGGAUGGAGCUGGAUAACCCCAGGUCAACCUGGGAUGUAGAAGCUAAGAUGCCCCUGUCUGCCCUCUAUGGGACUCUCUCAUUGCUGCAGCAGCUGGCUGAGGCCUAAGCCCUCCCUGAUGGGCAGUCAGUCCAGAGAUGCUGGCCCUUGCCCAGUCUAUGCUGUGAGUGUCCUUAUGGGUGUGAGAGAUAGGGCUGUGCCUCUCUGCAUUUCCAGGUGGAGUAGAGACAGUAAUGGGUAGAGACUUUAGGAAAUGUUUUGGGGUGGUGGAAUACUCUAUAUAUUGACAAGAGUUUAUAUAUUGACAAGAGUUUAUAUAUUUGUCAAAACUCCUCAAAUAGUAUGUUAAAGACGUAAGCAUUUCACUAUGUAUAAAUUUUACUUCAAAAUAAUAAAAACAAAUACUGACUCU